UGUACCAGUUGUUCCACAACUAUAAGUAAAAACCACGUAUUAUGAUUUGCUCCGCUCUUCUGUCAAAAUUUGACAAUUCUGUUUUUCGCUCAUCCAAAGUGUUGGAAUUCUUCUAAUGUAAAAGUAUUUUUUCUGAGACAUGAGCAUCAUGAUGACCUUCACAGGAAAUAUAUUCUUGGAUUUAUUUGGUUUCAUCACCUCACUUUUGGUGGUGAUCUUCGCCUACUACAAAUGGACAUAUCAAUAUUGGGAGAGGCAGAACGUACCUUACCUGGAACCCACUAUACCCUUUGGCAAUUUUUCAAAUCAUUUGAACAUCAACAUAUCAUUAAGCGAUACAGUAAGACGCAUGUACGAUAAAGCUCGCGCUAAAGGAUGGAAAUUUUGUGGAAUAUACGAAAUGGCAAGACCCAGCAUCAUGAUUGUAGACUUGGACCUGGCGAAACAUGUAAUGACUAAAGAUUUUGGCCAUUUCGUCGACAGGAAACCGUAUGUGAACGAUAAGGAUGACCCGCUAGGGAGCCAUCUCUUUUCAAUUGGCGGUAAGAAGUGGAGGAACUUGAGGGUCAAAGUUACCCCCACCUUUACUUCCGGUAAGCUAAAGGCCAUGUUCCAGACUCUAGCCGACUGUGGAGUUAUUCUGGAGAAUUACUUUGAAGAGGUGCUCAACAAAGAGGAACCCGUUGACAUCAAAGACGUAUUUGCUCGCUUUACAAUCGACAUAAUCGGUUCCUGUGCUUUUGGUUUGGACUGUAACAGCUUCAAGGAAGAGAAUUCACCUUUCAGGAUAUACGGACAGAAAUUCUUUGCUAUGACCAAACUGAGGGCCUUAAGGCUUGCUCUAGCUUUUAACUUCCCUGCCCUCGGAAGGUUUCUGAAGGUCCGAAUGGUUGACAAAGACAUCACGGAGUUCUUCACCAAAGUCGUCGAAGAUACAGUCGUCUACAGGGAGAAGAACAACGUUAGUAGGAACGACGUUCUGCAGCUGCUUAUCGAUAUAAAAAAUAACAAGGAAGGCCGAGAGGAUGGCUACAAAGGCGACGGCAAAUCUCUGACCAUGGACGAGCUAGCAGCGCAGUGCUUCGUCUUCUUCUUAGCAGGCUUCGAAACCAGUUCCACCACGGCAACCUUCGUCUUGUUUGAACUGGCCACCCACCAGGACAUCCAAGACAAAGUCCGGGAAGAAAUUCGUACGGUACUAGCAAAGCACGACGACAGAAUCACUUACGAUUCACUCAACGAGAUGGCAUACAUGACACAAGUUAUUGACGAGGCUUUGAGGAAGUAUCCACCGCUUCCGCUGGUCACUAGGGUAUGCGUGGAAGACUAUAAGGUGCCUGGAGAAAAUACCAUAAUAGAAAAAGGCACCAACAUAGUUAUUCCCAUCAUGGGGUAUCAUUAUGAUAUGGAAUUUUAUGAUGAUCCUACCAAGUUCAAUCCUGACAGGUUCACGGAUGAGCAUAAGGAGACCAGGCAUCCUUACGCUCACAUUCCCUUCGGAGAAGGACCAAGGGUUUGUAUAGGUGAAAGAUUCGGCGUUAUGCAAACCAAAGUGGGUCUAACCUCAAUCUUAAGGAACUUCCGGGUAACUUUGAACAAAGGAACUCAGCUGCCUUUAAAAUUUUCCGUCAAGUCUAACAUCACCACUGCUGAGGGUGGAAUUUGGCUAGACAUCGAAAAAGUCUAAAAUUUGCUAGAACUUUUCUCAUUUUAUAUUUAAUGUAAAGUUACCUUACACUAAA